UAGAGGAAGGGGUUUGGCUGACAAGCUGAGGAGGACCACGGAUCGGAGAGCAGAAGAAGAAGCAGUAGCAUCAUCAGCAUCAUCCGAGGAAGAAGAAGAAGAAGAAGCAGUAGCAUCAUCAGCAUCAUCCGAGGAAGAAGAAGAAGAAGAAGAGGAAGGGUCAUCAUCCAACACUUGUUCAUCUUCACCAGCAGCUCAGGAUUUCUGUUCCUCCCCUCACCUCCUCUGGCCUGACCGACCCACCAGCCUGUCGUCAUGAACUACCUUCGCCGGCGCCUGUCUGACAGCAGCUUCGUGGCCAACCUGCCCAACGGCUACAUGAUGGAUCUGCAGAGGCCAGCCCCGCCCGGAUCAUCCAUUUCAUCUCCCGCCUCUCCAGCCACCGAGAGGCGUCAGCCCCCGAGCCUCCCGAGCCAGACCCCAGGCUCGGGUUCGGGUUUGGGUUCAGGUUCGGGCUUGGGUUCAGGCCCGAACCCGCCCCCGGCAGCGGGUUCGGGGAGCUUCCUCAGCUCCUUCUCCAGCGUGGUGAAGAGUGCCCAGAUGGCCCAGAACGUCGCCGCCGCUGCACACGCCAAGUCAGCUGGAGCUGCGGCAACUGAGGCGGCUUCUGCUGGAGGCGGUCAGCCGGCCAAGCCUGCGGUACGCAAACCCAAGAUCCUGCUGGUGGUUGAUGAUCAGCACACCGACUGGGCCAAGUAUUUUCGGGGAAAGAAGCUGAACGGAGAAUAUGAGAUUCGAGUUGAGCAGGCGGAGUUCUCAGAGAUCAACCUGGCCUCUUACGUCAACUCAGGAUGCAUGGUGGACAUGCAGGUCAACAAAGGCGGCUCCAAAGUCGUCAGGUCUUUUAAGCCAGACUUCGUCCUGAUUCGCCAACACGCCUACAGCAUGAUUCCCGGCGAGGACUUCAGGAACAUUGUGAUCGGCCUGCACUUUGGUGGCGUGCCGAGUGUCAACUCCCUCUUCUCCCUAUAUAAUUUCUGCAGCAAACCUUGGGUGUUUUCUCAAAUGAUUAAGCUUUACCACUCCCUCGGCCCUGAGAAGUUCCCCCUGAAUGAGCAAACCUUCUACCCAAACCACACACAAAUGAUCACAAGCCCUUCGUUCCCUGUGGUGGUCAAGAUGGGGCAUGCUCAUGCUGGUAUGGGAAAGAUUAAAGUGGAGAACCAGCAGGACUUCCAGGACAUCACCAGCGUGGUGGCCCUGGCCGGGACCUAUGCCACCACCGAGCCCUUCGUCCAGUCCAAAUACGACAUCCGCAUCCAGAAGAUCGGCAGCAACUACAAGGCUUACAUGAGGACCUCGAUUUCUGGCAACUGGAAGGCCAACACGGGUUCUGCCAUGUUGGAGCAGAUCGCAAUGACGGACAGAUAUCGCAUGUGGGUGGACUCCUGUGCUGAGAUGUUUGGUGGCCUCGACAUCUGCGCCGUGAAGGCUGUCCACGGAAAAGAUGGCAACGACUACAUUAUUGAGGUGAUGGACAGCUCCAUGCCUCUGAUUGGUGAGCACGUAGAGGAGGACAAACAGCUCAUUACAGAGCUGGUCAUCAACAAGAUGGCGCAGGUGCUGCUGGGAGUUGUUACACCUCAGACUUCUGCUGUGAAGACCACUCAGCCCAGGCGAGGCGGACACCGCUCUGCUUCGGCCUCUCCGUCGCAGUCGGCCCAGGGCUCGCCUCAGAGAGCACGCUCCGCCACCACCUCUCCCAGCCAGGCCUUCCAGCCCGGCCCCAUCCCGGCCUCCUCUGGGCCUGGAUCUCAGAAACAGUCCCCUCAUCUCAACAAAUCCCAGUCACUGACCAACACCUUCACAGAGACGUUACGGGGAAGCCUGACCGACGACGAGGCCAAGGCCGAGACCAUCCGUAGCCUCCGGCAGUCCUUCGCUAGCCUCUUCUCUGACUAAAGAAGCUCCGCCCCCCUCGACCUUCAUGUUGGACGUCAGAUCAAAGACUAAAAUAAUGAAAAAGUGUGGGGAAAAAAACAAACAGCUUCAUCUGUAAAGGAGUCUCUUCUCUCUUCCAAACUCCAGCUUUGUGUUUUUUCUUUGCAUUAAUCCAGUUGUCCAUCUGCUGUUCUCAGAAUAUUAGUGAAGUUUAGAACUAGAACGGCCAAGAGAGCCUCAGGGUCUUAGAGGAAGUUAGAAGGAGCCAAACUUUCAAAGGUGCCAUUCAAAAGUAUUCUUGACACCUUCAUCACGUUAAAACCAAAAAACUUCACUGUAUUGCAUUGAGAUUUUACAGCAGAGAUCAGCAACUGCUUCCAAUUGUGAGCAGAAGAACGUUACAAAAAGCAAACAGAUAAAAUAAUAAUAAUAACCAUUAGAGUUUAUGGAUGUAACGUGACACAAAGUAAAAUUGAGACAUUUACAAGAUGUUUAUUCACAGCUUCAUAAAUUUUGCCAUAACUGUCACUGUACCCGUUUACACCUUAAGGUUUGAUCACUUGAGGAAGUCUGGCCUUUCUAGUGCUGACUGCUGUAACAACAGAAAAUCCUCAUGUGGUAGCUUGUGCUGCUUGGUAUAUUAUUAUUCUGCAUCCUCCCUGUGCAGCUGAUACAGCUAUGUUCCUGUUUGUCUUUCAUCUUUACCCAUUUUAUGUGACACGCGGCCUCCGGGUUAUUUGCGGACGGCAGUGCGGUUCCACUUUGGUGUACGUGAACGUACCAAACAUUCACAGUUCACCAGCGAGCUCUGAAGCCCCUCAGCCAGCAGUCGCAGACCUUCUCAGACAUCCAGAGUGUGACGCAGUGACUCCUCUACCCCUAUCCUAACUUUACCAAAGUGCUUUUCAAUGGCAGAUAUAAAGAAACCCCUCUGCACUGGGUCAGGAAAACAAUCAGCUGGUAGAAACAUUUCUACCCGGUGCGAAUGCUGUCCUGGCUUAUGGCCGUCGUCUUCCACCACAGCUCAGUUUCUCUUUAUCUUUCUAAGCUCGGUUAGUUUCACCUUUAAGCAUUUGUCGCGCUGGAUUUACAUCACACCUGCUUCUGCUGGGUACUAGUGAGCAGCGAGGCUCAGUCGAGACAGAAAAGGUUCUCUUGUAUUCCGGAAUGUUCCAUAUUUUCUCUCUGUUCUCUGCAGCCCUUGUCAGCUGAGUUUACAGGUGCUCCGCAGUACGUCUUGUUUUGGAAUUCAGAGCCGUAUAUGGACUCGAACUGAAAAACCGAGGCAGUCGUAACUUCUGAAGAGUUGUGAUGUAUUUAUAGGUUAAAAUGUUUCCUGGAAAGUGAGUUGACUUCAGGAAUCCUUUUCGUCUCGCUGCGUGCUGCAGGUUUUCUGAGAAAUCAACGUUGGUGAAGGUCAGAUUUGCAAACACAAUACAGCCUUUGUGUAUUUAUCUGUCAUUCACAUGAGGAAAAAAGGCGUUCAAACCCACGGCUGAACGACAGCUUUGCUUUAAAGGGCAAAUAUUAAAAUUUUCCCACUGUUUUCAGACAUGUAGAGUGAGAUUUUUUUCCAUUUCCACCAAAGAAAACAAUGGGAACAUAGAGCUGAGAACGUAGCUGAAAGGUGCAGAAGAGUCAUGACUCUACAUCUGGAUACCUGGGCGCAGGAGUCACAUCUUCCAUCAAAAACAACAGUAAUGGUAGCCAAGUUCUCAGCUUGAAUUUUAGUUCAUAUGGUGAGGAUUUCUGUUGUUGUUCAUCUACUGAGGCAAAGAAAGUCAUGAGAAAUGUUAUGUGACAGCAGUAGCAUGGAGACCUAUCAAACCAGCACCCUGUGGAGGGCUUAAGAAACUCUGUAUUGAGGCCAGUCUGCCUUCAAUUGAUAGCGUGUGACAAAAAUUGUAAUUCAAAACAUUAGAUUUCAGGCAGCAUUCAUAUAGACACUGUAAUUUCUGUGUCACCACAAUAUUCGAAGAGAGUUUUACUUUUUCCUCUCUACAUAAUCACUUGGUGUUUUACCAAAUAUGGCUUAACCACUAACAUAGCUGUCAAAAUGGCAUUCCGAGGAAACCUUCCGAUCAAACUCGAUCAGUUGAAGCUAGUUAGCAACAAUGAACACACAGGAGGAUCAUUCAGAGAGAAUGGUUAGCAUAACAUGAUAUGUGUAGAUCAGGAGACGUUUUGUACUGACUCCUAAAGCUUGAAAAGUAAAUAUUUUCUUACACAGUAAACUUUAUGCUCACAAACGAUAGCUGUGGUUGCCACAGUGUCCUGGCUGUCCUCUCCCUGCUUGAGCUACCGGUGGUAGCCCUAGUCCUAAGCCCUUGUCCAGGUAUUUCAUGUCCCCUGGGCAAGAAGUGUUUCCAACAGAGAAACUGUUUUUCUCUGUUGCAGAUUUCAACAUAUACAGGAUGCUUAAUAUUUCAAACGUAUUAAGUUCAAGUGAAAUCAACAAAUUUAAACUGAGAAUAGAAAUAUGAUCCUGUUGCUUACACAGCUGAAUAUUUAUCAAAUUAUUAGAGAUAAAUUAAUUUCAGUGGCUCUGUUUUUCUGGUUUUAAAUAGUUGCAUGUGUGAAUCAUAGUUACAUACUGUAGUUUGUGUAAAUAAGUAAGAAUGCUGAGGGUCAGUUUACUGAUGGGCAAUAGCAGAAAUUAUGCUAUGACACAAAAAUAAGCAGAUUUUAAGAAACCAGUUUUAAGGUUUUCAGUUUUUAUGUAAGGCAUUAGAAAAUCAACCAUCUGGUCGAACACACUCGGUAGCUGUUGUUAACUGUAUCAAGAAAAUAAUGUGCUUCUUUUAAAGCGCUCUUAAAUUUUCAGAAUUUGUCCUUCAUUUUGGGAACCUCUACAAAUGUUGUACCCAAGCUAUCAUGUUUUUAAAAUAUUUCAUUUCAGAGAAGCUGUUUUCAGAGUGGUUAGCUUCGUUAGCCCUCUCAAGCUAACCAAUUUGGACACCCUGAUUCCUAGCAUCUACGAUACUAGCAUACAUAAACAUGUUCCAAAGCAGAGACAGAACACUUAACUUUAGUUAAUAUUUGUGCUGAGUUUUUGUUUUAAUACUUUUACAGCGAAGUGCAUAUA